CUGUUGACCGUGAUGAACUGGCACACGAAUGCCUGGAGAAGUUUACAGAUGGUAUUUUUAUAUCUCAAAUUCUGCCCGAAUCGAUUUGUUCGAUAUUUCUCCGUUACUUCCAUAAGUGCGUUGUUUCCAAAUAGAAAAUAACGCGUGACUCUCAUUCAAGUUGAAGAUGAAGUCUUGAGCCGUAAGAAGAGCUGAGGGGCAGUCUUGGCGGGCACUUUGGGACUCGCAGCCUUCGACGCGCUGACAGUACCCGACAUUCACCUAUUCCCAGCAUCUGUGGACAAGCGUGGGACGGUGAGGAACCAGCUCUGACAGGUGGAACGGGCAGUCGAGAUCCUUAUUCGCCGCCAGUGGCAUGUCUCAAAAAAAGCCCCUCGUCGCGGAGACUUUCGAGUUCUCGGCCAAAGACAGAGCGCAACAUUCCGCGAGGAUUUGCCCACAAUGCCAGCGGACAGGCUCGGUAACGACGGCGACAUCGCAGACGACAUUCGCCAGGUUCCUACCUCUCAAAAAGCAGGCAGUGUGGUAUUGUACGAAAUGUGAAUGGAGGAGGGCGAUCAACGAGAGUUGGGAACCAGCCGUGUCAAAGAGCGCGAUCAUAGGACGGCCGUCGACCAGUGAAGAGGUCAAUCCCAUGUAUAGGAUGGCGGAAAUGUGGUAUCGACCACCUGCAGAUGUGUUGACCGAACCACAAGCCAAUCCGAAGCACAGCGUGACGGAGGAGGGUCGAAAGUAAUGAAAGUUUGAGACUGAACACUUUUUGUCUCGCGCUGCUGUGACUCACGCAAGAGAGCAGCUCAGAAAGCGCCGACUGCUGAGUCGGAGGCUGGCACGGUGACGGCAAGGUGGCACAUGUCCCAUCAGUGCAUCAGGCUCACAUGAUCAACGGGUGUCGGCCGGUGUCAAAUCUGUGGCUGUGGCUGGUCAACAACGGCGGAGUUGGAAUUCAUUUCGACGCGCUCCUCCAUGUCUGCUACACUUCCGAUCACAUAAACCAUUUCUUCAGCCCUCAGACGCGACUAGGAAGCGUGUCUUCAAACUUUGCUCAUCCGACCCUCCGAACUGCAGUCCCUUCCCAUGUCGCAAUCACAAUCGCAAUCGGACGAAGAAGGGCGCUUCUCUCCGCAUUCGAGCGAUGAUGAGAAGCUCUAUGAGGUUAUCGAGAUCUUGAAGGAGAGCAAGUCGAAGUACUUGGUCAAGUGGGCAGGCGUGGACAGUAGAGGCAAGCCCUGGCCAGAUGAUUGGGUGCCGAAACAAGAUGUGACGAAUCAACUGGUAUCGACCUGGAAGAAGAAGAAGGCUCUGCUGCGCGAGAAGAAAGCUGAGAAGGCUGCGCGCGCUACAUCGAAAGCGUCCACUGCUCGUGCGCGUCGUGCAUCAACAAGUACUACACCCCGCGCACAACGCUCGACCCGUUUCUCCUCGCACACUAGUGCACUUACUGGCGAUGGUCACCGGGAAGAUGUCCACGGAGCCAUCUCGACUACUUCAACUCUCGGAAAGAAGCGUCGACGUUCACAGCCUGUUCCUGAAGAAGAGGAAGAGGAAGAGGAGGAGCAGCGGCCAGAGCCAGCAUCCAGUCGGCCUCUUCCUCGCAAGCGGCCUCGGUUGGUUGACGAUCAGGAGGUUCAACCCCAGCCCGACCCUGCUCCUCUCUCUUCGGUCGGCAGCCGAUCCAAGAGCAGAGAGAAACGAAGUCCAGUCCUUCUGGACUCGAAGGUCGAGGAGGAAGAGGAGUCUGGAGAUAUCUCUGCACUCGAGCCAGAGCACGCGCAUGGACCAGAAGAGCUGCAGCUCGACUCGCAGGCGCUCUCUCCAGGGGGAAUAGAGCGGCUAGCGCAAUUCGACCUCGAUAUGAUGCAGCCAGCACAGACGCAGAAAAGCCAACCGCUAUUUCUGGCAGCCUCGGAUGACGACAGCGACGACAAUUUGUUGUCCCCGCAGCGCUCACCCGCAAAGGCGCCGUCCCUGUCUUCCAUUCCCGUUCGUCGAGCGAAAUCACCAGUGGUAUCCGAUUACGAAGGCGAAUAUCAGUCGCCGUCACGUCCUCGGGCUUCCUCCUCACAUCGCGUAAUUGACCAGUCGUAUCGCUCGGGAGAUAUCCCGGAAACUCAAUCCGCGUCGCCUUCGCCGCUAUCUGCGCCGAAACGUCCGCCGAAAGAGUCUACGGCUGGCCAAACAAGGAGGCGCUCACCUGAUGAGGGCCUAGCUCCGAUUCCUAUGAUGACUGCGUCCCGAUUCGUUGCCCGUGCUGGUCAGAAUGGGAUGUAUGCUAAUGAAGGGGACGAUCUGGAUACCCCGAUGAGUAGCAUCGAACAGUUCAGCUCGCCCAUCAAACCAGACGCGCAUGCGGUGAAGAAGUUGAAACGACGUUCAUCGAAGGCAGAAGAGUUGAUCAGGAUCCCCAUACGAAGAGGCUCGGAAGCGCGCGAGGAGCAGGGGGUUGCGAUCAAUCACGACGUCGUCGUCGCUCGCGGUGUUGAGCUGGCAGCGAAGGCUUAUAAGGAGCGUCGUCAGGAGGCAGCGGCGUAUCGGAUGUUCGACGCGCCUCGCGUUUGGCAAAACCCGGAAUCGCAGACCCAAGCGGCGACGAGUCAGAGCGUUACCGAGGCCGAUGGUAUGGAGUCGAUUGUCAGGAAGACCGAGUUUUCUCCCGCGACUCGGUUUGCUAUGCGGGAGGAGGAAGAGGAGAACACCCAGGACUUGCUCAAUGAACGACUCGGACUGCGACAAGAAGAGGAAGAGGAGAAAGGUGCAAGUGAUAUGGAGGACGUCCAGGAACAACUUUCAGAGCCCGAAGUCCAGCUCGAGGCUCAGUUCUCGGAGCACGAGACGGAGAUAGAGCCAUCGGUCGAUCUCGACGCGGCAGAAAAGUCCGCUUGGAACAUCGAACAGGCUUCGCAGCGAAAUACGUCCGAUCGACUGGAGCCGGCGGAGGAAUCGAUAGAGUUGAAAUACCCUGCUGAUGCAGAGGAUGAAGGAGGAGCGCCCGAUGAACUUGGCGAACUGGCCUACCCCAGCAACGACGACGACGAGGCUGCCCCCGUCAUUAACGGCAGGACGGCACGGACUCGAUCCCCCUUUGUACAUCCUUCCAAUGAGAGCUAUGAGCUUCCACCGACUGCCUCCACUCGCGAAGGAGGUGGAGAUCUCAAAUCGAGCCAUCCGGCGGUCGUUCUUGAUCCAGAUGCCAUGAUGACUUUGUUGAACCACAAAUCUGAUGAAUGCAAGCAACUCGAGGCUGAACUGAGCCAUGAACGAUUAGCUCUGGUAGCCCAGCGAGCGAAGAACCACAAUCUCGAACAGGAGAUUCAAUUUCUGCAAUCACAACUUGAUCAGGACCCUCGCGUAGUCGUCACAGAUGCGGCCGACGAAUCCUUGAUUGCAGAACGCCAGCUCAAGGACGCGGCGAUCGCCGAGCGGGACACUCUACAGAGCAAGCUAGCCGAUGCCGAAAAGCAGGUCGAACUGUUCCGCGAGUACUAUGGGAAAGCAUCCGAGUUCGGCAGCGAAAAGUCGAAGGAGAACAAAGCACUACAGGAGCAGCUGACGAUGGCAGAGAGUGCCAAGACUCAGGGUGUCGCUUUGGUCAGGGCGACUUUCGAGAAACGGAUCGAACAGCUCCAGACGGACGCCAACAGCUGGCGUAAUCAGGCUGAUUUCCUCCGGCAACAAGCCAUCCGAACGAACGACGACGGUCUCAGGAGGCGGGCCGCUGAAUACCCGGAGCUCCACCGACGGUACGAGAAGCUGGUCUUUGACAACGAAGUGUAUCAGGACCGCCUGGACGCUCAGGACGAGGAUCUGCGCGCCAAGAUCGACGAACUGCAAAUGCUACACGAACAAAUCGCCGAGCUCAAAUCACAGGCAGUAGUCCUGGAUGGAAGGAGUCAGGUAUAUCGAUGUGCGUGGCGAAUAGAAGGAUCGGAACUAGCUUGCCCGGUGUUCUGCACCUCAAGAGAGGUGAGCUCGUUGUCCGCAUGUGCUACGCAGGACCCAGCGAUGUUCCUAUACCCUCUUCUACAUUUUGCAAUAUCUGCUCUACUAUUCGAUUUCGCUCGGGCCUAUAUCUACCCGACAUUUCCUGUUGCCAACUCGCGACUCGCCCCGGGGAAGAACGCGACGCUCAGAUGGAAGGACAACGACAAGCACCCCUUGAUCUCUGAGAUGAACGCGGUCAGGAUCGAUCUGUGCACACCGAACGGGACCGUGCUGCACAAUCUCGCUCAGGGCGUGGAUCCGGCUGUCCUGCACAGAGUCGUGCACAUCCCCAACACGCUGUCGUCUGGAACUUUCGCGAUCACGUUCAAAUGCGAUGACCCGCCCCUCCGAAUGUGGACCGCGGACUUCACGAUCGACGCGAACCCGGACGCGGUUAGCAGCGUGUCGGCUGACGGCGGCCCGGCCACGCAGACCGCAGUCGAGACCGCUCAGACCGUGGACGCAACGAACACACAGACGCAGACGCAAGAAGCUGACGACGAGGUGACGCUUGUUCUCCCGGAUGCGACGGUCGUGCGCUCGCUCCUCGCGAAUCCGACCAUGGGUGCCUCGACGACGGUUGUGGCGGAUCCGCUGCCGCAGGUUGGAGGAUCAGAAGGGAGGAGCGAGUGCGAGAGGAAUAGGCGGGGAGAUGAUGAUGGGAGUGACGGUGAUGGCGGUGGUUAG